AUGCCACGCGAUAUCAGAAGUUGGGAGUUGAGAUUUCUGCUGUUUCCGCCCCUCAGAUAUCCCGAGGUGGAAAUUCUCUCGAGCGGCGAGGAGAAUGGAGUCCUAGCUGCCAGGUCUGGCCGCGCUUGUGCAUUUUGCCUUUGGGGUUUCGGUGAUCUCAGUUCUGGAGCGCUUCUUCCAGUACGCAUCAAUGAAGCUUCCGCCACCUGCGACUCCUAUGCAACCUCAAGCUCUCAAGCACUGAGUGUUUCGAAGUUGCAGAGCGAAGCGAAACGAAAGGCCAAGAUCCACCACCGAAAAGCCUCCUUCUGCCUCAGGGGAACCAUCCGGGUUCGCUACAGUGCGAAGCGAAUCUUCGAAAGCCUCUGUGACCCAGAGGAGAACAAGAGGAUCUUCGAUAAUUGCGCCUCGGUGAAUCUCCGAAGGCUAGUUCAGGAGGACGAGGAGUCCAAGACGCGAACCUUCGAGGUCAGCAAAACGGGCCGCUGGACCUUGCUAGGAAUCCCCAUCAACUUCGAGUCCACCGUGCUUGCCAAGGAGGACUGGAAGAAGUACGAGAUCAGCUUCAAGCUGAAGAAGCAGGGUGCGAUGAAGCACAUGUCAGGACAUGCUUUGCCGAGGGCUGAGGAAGAGCGAUCAGCCUUCAAAGAGCGGACCAUUACUGCGAUUCUGCAGCAAUUCCCUCGACGAAAGGUUGUACUCGUGGGUGACAGUGGUGAGCGAGACCCGUCCAUCUGCGCGGAGCUUCUGAGGAGGCACCCGGUGCAAGUCUCCAAAGUGCUCAUUCGACAGGUGAGCCCCAAAGCACCGGUGGACGAGGAGAUAUUUGCCGGCAUUCCGUCCCAUCGGUGGCAGGUGUUCGCAGAUCCGGCAGAAGCGACCCUGCCGGACGAGCUCAGGGAUCUCGCGUCUGUGCCCGGCCUCCUUAGCUACGCCAAGAGCAUUGGCUCCAAGGCGUUGCAGGAAGCUGCCACCACGGUUCUGCCCGAGAGCGCUGAGGACGACGAGACCAUGCGGCAGGAGGAUCCGAGACAGCUCUCCGCCACCUGA